AUGAUCCCACCCAAUUCUCUCGCUUUCCAUCACCCCGCCCCAUUCUCCCGCUUUCCAUCACCCCGCCCCAUUCUCCGCUUUCUAUCACCCCACCCCAUUCUCCCGCUUUCCAUCAUCCCGCCACAUUCUCCUUCCAUCACCCCGCCCCAUUCUCCCACUUUCCAUCACCAUGCCGCAUUCUCCCGCUUUCCAUCACCCCGCCCUAUAAUCACGCUUUCCAUCAACGCAUCCCAUUCUCCCGCAUUCCAUCACCCUACCCCAUUCUCCCGCUUUCCAUCUCCCCGCCUCAUUCUCCCGCUUUCCAUCACCCAACCCCAUUCUCCCUUCUUCCAUCACCCCGCCCCAUUCUCCCUCCUUCCAUCACCCCGCCCCAUUCUCCCGCUUUCUAUCACCCCGCCCUAUUCUCCCGCUUUCCAUCACCUGCCCCAUCCUCCCGCUGUCCAUCACCCCGCCCCAUUCUCCCGCUUUCCAUCACCUCGCCCCAUUCUCCCGCUUUCCAUCACCCCGCCCCGUUCUCCCGCCUUUCCAUCACCGCGCCCCAUUCUCCCUCCUUCCAUCACCACGCCCCAUUCUCCCUCCUUCCAUCACCUCGCCCUAUUCUCCCGCUUUCCAUCACCUUGCCCCAUUCUCCCGCUUUCCAUCACCCCACCCCAUUCUUCCGCUUUCCAUCUCCCCGCCCCAUUCUCCCGCUUUCCAUCACCUCGCCCCAUUCUCCCGCUUUCCAUCACCCCGCCCCAUUCUCCCGCGUUCUAUCACCCCGCCCCAUUCUCCCGCUUUCCAUCACCCCGCCCCAUUCUCCCGCUUUCCAUCACCCGCUCCAUUCUUCCGCUUUCCAUCACCCCGCCCCAUUCUGCCGCUUGCCAUGACCCCGCCCCAUUCUCCCGCUUUCCAUCACCCCGCCCCAUUCUCCCGCUUUCCAUCACCCCGCCCCAUUCUCCCUCCUUCCAUAACCCCGCCCCAUUGUCCCUCCUUCCAUCUCCCCAUCCCAUUCACCCGCUUUCCAUCACCCCACCCCAUUCUCCCGCUUUCCAACACCCCGCCCCAUUCUCCCGCUUUUCAUCACCCCGCCCCAUUCUUCCACUUUCCAUCACCCCGCCCCAUUCUCCCGCUUUCCAUCACUCCACCCCAUUCUCCCUUCUUCCAUCACCCCUCCCCAUUCUCCCUCCUUCCAUCACCCCGCCCCAUUCUCCCGCUUUCUAUCACCCCGCCCCAUUCUCCCGCUUUCCAUCACCCGCCCCAUCCUCCCGCUGUCCAUCACCCCGCCCCAUUCUCCCGCUUUCCAUCACUCCACCCCAUUCUCCCUUCUUCCAUCACCCCGCCCCAUUCUCCCUCCUUCCAUCACCCCGCCCCAUUCUCCCGCUUUCUAUCAUCCCGCCCCAUUCUCCCGCUUUCCAUCACCCGCCCCAUCCUCCCGCUGUCCAUCACCCUGCCCCAUUCUCCGGCUUUCCAUCACCUCGCCCCAUUCUCCCAAUUUCCAUCACCCCGCCCCAUGUUCCCGCGUUCUAUCACCCCGCCCCAUUCUCCCUCCUCCCAUCACCCCACCCCAUUCUCCCGCUUUCCAUCACCCCGCCCCAUUCUUCCGCUUUCCAUCACCCCGCCCCAUUCUCCUGCUUUCCAUCACCCCGCCCCAUUCUGCCGCUUGCCAUAACCCCGCCCCAUUCUCCGGCUAUACAUCAUCCCGCCCCAUUCUCCCGCUUUCCAUCACCCCGCCCCAUUCUCCCGCUUUCCAUCACCCACUCCAUUCUUCCGCUUUCCAUCACCCCGCCCCAUUCUGCCGCUUGCCAUAACCCCGCCCCAUUCUCCCGCUUUCCAUCACCUCGCCCCAUUCUCCCGCUUUCCAUACCCCCGCCCCAUUCUCCCUCCUUCCAUAACCCCGCCCCAUUCUCCCUCCUUCCAUCACCCCACCCCAUUCUCCCGCUUUUCAUCACCCCGCCCCAUUCUCCCUACUUCCAUCACCCCGCCCAAUUCUCCUGCUUUCCAUCACCCCGCCCCAUUCUCCCGCUUUCCAUCACCCCGCUCCAUUCUCCCUCCUUCCAUAUGCCCGCCCCAUUCUCUCUCCUUCCAUCACCCCGCCCCAUUCUCCCGCUUUCCAUCACCCCGCCCUAUUCUCCCUCCUUCCAUCACCCCGCCCCAUUCUCCAGCUUUCCAUCACCCCGCCCCAUUCUCCCUCCUUCCAUCACCCCGCCCCAUUCUCCCUCCUUCCAUCACCUCGCCCUAUUCUCCCGCUUUCCAUCACCUUCUUUCCAUCACCCCGCCCCAUUCUCCCUCCUUCCAUCACCCCGCCCCAUUCUCCCUCCUUCCAUCACCUCGCCCUAUUCUCCCGCUUUCCAUCACCUUGCCCCAUUCUCCCGCUUUCCAUCACCCCGCCCCAUUCUCCCGCUUUCUAUCACCCCACCAAAUUCUCCCGCUUUCCAUGAUCCCACCCAAUUCUCUCGCUUUCCAUCACCCCGCCCCAUUCUCCCGCUUUCCAUCACCCCGCCCCAUUCUCCGCUUUCUAUCACCCCACCCCAUUCUCCCGCUUUCCAUCAUCCCGCCCCAUUCUCCUUCCAUCACCCCGCCCCAUUCUCCCACUUUCCAUCACCAUUCCGCAUUCUCCCGCUUUCCAUCACCCCGCCCCAUAAUCUCGCUUUCCAUCAACGCAUCCCAUUCUCCCGCUUUCCAUCACCCUGCCCCAUUCUCCCGCUUUCCAUCUCCCCGCCUCAUUCUCCCGCUUUCCAUCACCCAACCCCAUUCUCCCUUCUUCCAUCACCCCGCCCCAUUCUCCCUCCUUCCAUCACCCCGCCCCAUUCUCCCUCUUUCUAUCACCCCGCCCCAUUCUCCCGCUUUCCAUCACCCGCCCCAUCCUCCCGCUGUCCAUCACCCCGCCCCAUUCUCCCGCUUUCCAUCACCUCGCCCCAUUCUCCCGCUUUCCAUCACCCCGCCCCAUUCUCCCGCCUUUCCAUCACCCCGCCCCAUUCUCCCUCCUUCCAUCACCCCGCCCCAUUCUCCCUCCUUCCAUCACCUCGCCCUAUUCUCCCGCUUUCCAUCACCUUGCCCCAUUCUCCCGCUUUCCAUCACCCCGCCCCAUUCUUCCGCUUUCCAUCACCCCGCCCCAUUCUCCCGCUUUCCAUCACCCCGCCCCAUUCUGCCGCUUGCCAUAACCCCGCCCCAUUCUCCGGCUAUACAUCCUCCCGCCCCAUUCUUCCGCUUUCCAUCACCCGCUCCAUUCUUCCGCUUUCCAUCACCCCGCCCCACUCUGCCGCUUGCCAUGUCCCCGCCCCAUUCUCCCGCUUUCCAUCACCCCGCCCCAUUCUCCCGCUUUCCAUCACCCCGCCCCAUUCUCCCUCCUUCCAUAACCCCGCCCCAUUCUCCCUCCUUCCAUCUCCCCACCCCAUUCACCCGCUUUCCAUCACCCCGCCCCAUUCUCCCGCUUUCCAACACCCCGCCCCAUUCUCCCGCUUUCCAUCACCCCGCCCUAUUCUCCCUCCUUCCAUCACCCCGCCCCAUUCUCCCGCUUUCCAUCACUCCACCCCAUUCUCCCUUCUUCCAUCACCCCGCCCCAUUCUCCCUCCUUCCAUCACCCCGCCCCAUUCUCCCGCUUUCUAUCACCCCGCCCCAUUCUCCCGCUUUCCAUCACCCGCCCCAUCCUCCCGCUGUCCAUCACCCUGCCCCAUUCUCCCGCUUUCCAUCACCUCGCCCCAUUCUCCCGCUUUCCAUCACCCCUCCCCAUGCUCCCGCGUUCUAUCACCCCGCCCCAUUCUCCCUCCUCCCAUCACCCCACCCCAUUCUCCCGCUUUCCAUCACCCCGCCCCAUUCUUCCGCUUUCCAUCACCCCGCCCCAUUCUCCUGCUUUCCAUCACCCCGCCCCAUUCUGCCGCUUGCCAUAACCCCGCCCCAUUCUCCGGCUAUACAUCAUCCCGCCCCAUUUUCUGCUUUCCAUCACCCCGCCCCAUUCUCCCGCUUUCCAUCACCCGCUCCAUUCUUCCGCUUUCCAUCACCCCGCCCCAUUCUGCCGCUUGCCAUAACCCCGCCCCAUUCUCCCGCUUUCCAUCACCUCGCCCCAUUCUCCCGCAUUCUAUACCCCCGCCCCAUUCUCCCUCCUUCCAUAACCCUGUCCCAUUCUCCCUCCUUCCAUCACCCCACCCCAUUCUCCCGCUUUUCAUCACCCCGCCCCAUUCUCCCUACUUCCAUCACCCCGCCCAAUUCUCCUGCUUUCCAUCACCCCGCCCCAUUCUCCCGCUUUCCAUCACCCGCCCCAUUCUCCCGCUUUCCAUCACCCCGCCCCAUUCUGCCGCUUGCCAUAACCCUGCCCCAUUCUCCCGCUUUCCAUCACCCGGCCCCAUUCUCCCGCUUUCCAUCACCCCGCUCCAUUCUCCCUCCUUCCAUAACCCCACCCCAUUCUCUCUCCUUCCAUCACCCCGCCCCCUUCUCCCGCUUUCCAUCACCCCGCCCUAUUCUCCCUCCUUCCAUCACCCCGCCCCAUUCUCCAGCUUUCCAUCACCCCGCCCCAUUCUCCCUCCUUCCAUCACCCCGCCCCAUUCUCCCUCCUUCCAUCACCUCGCCCUAUUCUCCCGCUUUCCAUCACCUUGUCCCAUUCUCCCGCUUUCCAUCACCCCGCCCCAUUCUUCCGCUUUCCAUCACCCCGCCCCAUUCUCCCGCUUUCCAUCACCCCGCCCCAUUCUGCCGCUUGCCAUAACCCCGCCCCAUUCUCCGGCUAUACAUCCUCCCGCCCCAUUCUCCCGCUUUCCAUCACCUCGCCCCAUUCUCCCGCUUUCCAUCACCUGCUCCAUUCUUCCGCUUUCCAUCACCCCGCCCCAUUCUGCCGCUUGCCAUAACCCCGCCCCAUUCUCCCGCUUUCCAUCACCCCGCCCCAUUCUCCCGCUUUCCAUCACCCCGCCCCAUUCUCCCUCCUUCCAUAACCCCGCCCCAUUCUCCCUCCUUCCAUCACCCCACCCCAUUCUCCUGCUUUUCAUCACCCCGCCCCAUUCUCCCUACUUCCAUCACCCCGCCCCAUUCUCCCGCUUUCCAUCACCCGCCCCAUUCUCCCGCUUUCCAUCACCCCGCCCCAUUCCGCCGCUUGCCAUAACCCCGCCCCAUUCUCCCGCUUUCCAUCACCCGGCCCCAUUCUCCCGCUUUCCAUCACCCCGCUCCAUUCUCCCUCCUUCCAUAACCCCGCCCUAUUCUCUCUCCUUCCAUCACCCCGCCCCAUUCUCCCGCUUUCCAUCACUCCGCCCUAUUCUCCCUCCUUCCAUCACCCCGCCCCAUUCUCCAGCUUUCCAUCACCCCGCCCCAUUCUCCCUCCUUCCAUCACCCGGCCCCAUUCUCCCUCCUUCCAUCACCUCGCCCUAUUCUCCCUCUUUCCAUCACCUUGCCCCAUUCUCCCGCUUUCCAUCACCCCGCCCCAUUCUCCCGCUUUCUAUCACCCCACCCCAUUCUCCCGCUUUCCAUCAUCCCACCCAAUUCUCUCGCUUUCCAUCACCCCGCCCCAUUCUCCCGCUUUCCAUCACCCCGCCCCAUUCUCCUGCGUUCUAUCACCCCACCCCAUUCUCCCGCUUUCCAUCAUCCCGCCCCAUUCUCCUUCCAUCACCCGCCUCAUUCUCCCGCUUUCCAUCACCCCGCCCGUUCUCCCGCUUUCCUCAUCACAUAACAUUUCCAUACCCCGCCCCAUUCUCCCUCCUUCCAUCACCCUGCACCAUUCUUCCGCUUUCCAUCACCCCGCACCAUUCUUCCGCUUUCCAUCACCCCGCCCCAUCCUCCCGCUUUCCAUCACCCCGCCCCAUUCUCCCGCUUUCCAUCAACCCGCCCCAUUCUCCCGCUUUCCAUCAACCCACCCCAUUCUCCCGCCUUCCAUCACCCCGCCCCAUUCUCCCUCCUUCCAUCACCCCGCCCGAUUCUCCCGCUUUCCAUCACCGUGCUCCAUUCUCCCGCUUUCCAUCACCCCGCCCCAUUCUCUUGCUUUCCAUCACCCCGCCCCAUUCUCCCUCCUUCCAUCACCGCGCCCCAUUCUCCCUCCUUCCAUCACCCCACCCCAUUCUCCCUCCUUCCAUCACCCCACCCCAUUCUCCCUCCUUCCAUCACCCCGCCCGAUUCUCCCGCUUUCCAUCACCCCGCUCCAUUCUCCCGCUUUGCAUCACCCCGCCCCAUUCUCCUGCAUUUUAUCACCUCGCCCCAUUCUCCCUCCUUCCAUCACCGCGCCUCAUUCUCCCUCAAUCCAUCACCCCACCCCAUUCUCCCUCCUUCCAUCACCCCGCCCCAUUCUCUCACAUUCCAUCACCCCGCCCCAUUCUCCUGCUUUCCAUCACCCCGCCCCAUUCUCCCGCUUUCCAUCACCUGCCCCAUUCUCCCGCUUUCCAUCACCCCGCCCCAUUCUCCCUCCUUCCAUCACCCUGCUCCAUUCUCCCGCUUUCCAUCACCCCGCUCCAUUCUCCCGCUUUCCAUCACCCCGCUCCAUUCUCCCGCUUUCCAUCACCCCGCCCCAUUCUCCCUCCUUCCAUCACCUCGCCCCAUUCUCCCUCCUUCCCUCACCCCGCCCCGUUCUCCCGCUUUCCAUCACCCCGCCCCAUUCUCCCUCUCCCGCUUUUCAUCACCCCGCCCCAUUCUCCCGCCUUCCAUCACCCUGCACCAUUCUCCCACUUUCCAUCACCCCGCCCCAUUCUUCCGCUUUCCAUCACCCCGCCCCAUUCUCCCGCUUUCCAUCACCCCGCCCCAUUCUCCCGCUUUCAAUCACCUAACCCAAUUCUCCCGCCUUCCAUCACCCCGCCCCAUUCUCCCGCCUUCCAUCACCCCGCCCCAUUCUCCCUCCUUCCAUCACCCCGCCCGAUUCUCCCGCUUUCCAUCACCCCGCUCCAUUCUCCCGCUUUGCAUCACCCCGCCCCAUUCUCCUGCAUUUUAUCACCUCGCCCCAUUCUCCCUCCUUCCAUCACCGCGCCCCAUUCUCCCUCAAUCCAUCACCCCACCCCAUUCUCCCUCCUUCCAUCACCCCGCCCCAUUCUCUCGCAUUCCAUCACCCCGCCCCAUUCUCCUGCUUUCCAUCACCCCGCCCCAUUCUCCCGCUUUCCAUCACCUGCCCCAUUCUCCCGCUUUCCAUCACCCCGCCCCAUUCUCCCUCCUUCCAUCACCCUGCUCCAUUCUCCCGCUUUCCAUCACCCCGCUCCAUUCUCCCGCUUUCCAUCACCCCGCUCCAUUCUCCCGCUUUCCAUCACCCCGCCCCAUUCUCCCUCCUUCCAUCACCUCGCCCCAUUCUCCCUCCUUCCCUCACCCCGCCCCGUUCUCCCGCUUUCCAUCACCCCGCCCCAUUCUCCCGUUUUUCAUCACCUCGCCCCAUUCUCCCGCAUUCCAUCACCCCGCCCCAUUCUCACGCUUUUCAUCACCCUGCACCAUUCUCCCGCUUUCCAUCACCCCGCCUCAUUCUCCCGCUUUCCAUCACCCCGCCCCAGUCUCCCGCUUUUCAUCACCAUGCACCAUUCUCCCGCUUUCCAACACCCCGCCCAAUUCUCCCGCAUUCCAUCACCCCGCCUCAUUCUCCCGCUUUCCAUCACCUCGCCCCAUUCUCUCGCUGUCCAUCACCCUGCCCCAGUCUCCCGCUUUUCAUCACCCCGCCCCAUUCUCCCGCCUUCCAUCACCCUGCACCAUUCUCCCGCUUUCCAUCACCCCGCCCCAUUCUUCCGCUUUCCAUCACCCCGCCCCAUUCUCCCGCUUUCCAUCACCCCGCCCCAUUCUCCCGCUUUCAAUCACCUAACCCAAUUCUCCCGCCUUCCAUCACCCCGCCCCAUUCUCCCGCCUUCCAUCACCCCGCCCCAUUCUCCCUCCUUCCAUCACCCCGCCCGAUUCUCCCGCUUUCCAUCACCCCGCCCCAUUCUCCCGCUUUCCAUCACCCUACCCGAUUCUCCCGCAUACCAUCACCCCAGCCCAUUCUCCCUCCUUCCAUCACCACGCCCCAUUCUCCCUCCUUCCAUCACCCCACCCUAUUCUCCCUCCUUCCAUCACCCCGCCCGAUUCUCUUGCUUUCCAUCACCCCGCCCCAUUCUCCUGCUGUCUAUCACCCCGCCCCAUUCUCCUAUUUUCCAUCACCACGCCCCACUCUCCCGCUUUCCAUCACCGCGCCCCAUUCUCCCUCCUUCCAUCACCCUGCCCCAUUCCCCCGCUUUCCAUCACCCCGCCCCAUUCUCCCGCUUUCCAUCACCUAACCCCAUUCUCCCGCCUUCCAUCACCCCGCCCCAUUCUCCCGCCUUCCAUCACCCCCCCCCAUUCUCCCUCCUUCCAUCACCCUGCCCGAUUCUCCCGCUUUCCAUCACCCCGCUCCAUUCUCCCGCUUUCCAUCACCUCGCCCCAUUCUCCCACUUUCCAUCACCCUGCCCCAUUCUCCCGCAUUCCAUCACCCCGGCCCAUUCUCCCUCCUUCCAUCACCACGCCCCAUUCUCCCUCCUUCCAUCACCCCACCCCAUUCUCCCUCGUUCCAUCACCCCGCCCCAUUCUCUCGCUUUCCAUCACCCCGCCCCAUUCUCCUGCUGUCCAUCACCCCGCCCCAUUCUCCCGCUUUCCAUCACCCCGCCCCAUUCUCCUGCUUUCCAUCACCCCGCCCCAUUCUCCCUCCUUCCAUCACCCUGCCCCAUUCUCCUGCUUUUCAUCACCCUGCCCCAUUCUCCCGCUUUCUAUCACCACGCCCCAUUCUCCUGUUUUCCAUCACUCAGCCCCAUUCUCCCGCUUUCCAUCACCCCGCCCCAUUCUCCCGCUUUCCAUCACCCGGCCCCAUUCUCCCUCCUUCCAUCACCCCGCCCCAUUCUCCCGCUUUCCAUCAGCCCGCACCAUUCUCCUGGUUUCCAUCACCCCGCCCCAAUCUCCCGCUUUCCAUCACCCCGCCCCAAUCUCCCGCCUUCCAUCACCCCGACCCAUUCUCCCUCCUUCCAUCACCCCGACCCAUUCUCCCUCCUUCCAUCACCCCGCCCCAUUCUCCCGCUUUCCAUCACCCCGCUCUAUUUUCCCACUUUCCAUCACCCCGCCCCAUUCUCCCGCUUUCCAUCACCCCGCCCCAUUCUCCCGCUUUCCAUCACCCUGCCCCAAUCUCCCGCCUUCCAUCACCCUGCCCCAUUCUCCCUCAUUCCAUCACCCCACCCCAUUCUUCCGCAUUCCAUCCCCUGCUCCAUUCUCCCGCUUACCAUCACCCCGCCCAAUUCUCCCACUUUCCAACACCCCCACCCCAUUCUCCCGCUUUCCAUCACCCCGCCCCAUUCUCCCGCUUUCCAUCACCCCGCCCCAUUCUCCUGUUUUCCAUCACUCAGCCCCAUUCUCCCGCUUUCCAUCACCCCGCCCCAUUCUCCCGCUUUCCAUCACCCCGCCCCAUUCUCCCUCCUUCCAUCACCCUGCCCCAUUCUCCAUCUUUCCAUCAACCCGCCCCAUUUUCCCUCCUUUCAUAACCCUGCCCCAUUCUCCCGCUUUCCAUCACCCCGCCCCAUUCUCCCGCUAUCCAUCACCCAGCCCUAUUCUGCCGCUUUCCAUCACCCCGCACCAUUCUCCCGCUUUCCAUCACCGCGCCCCAUUCUCCCGUAUCCCAUUACCCCCCACAUUCUUCCGCUUUCCAUCACCCCGCCCCAAUCUCCCGCUUUCCAUCUCCCGGCCCCAUUCUACCGCUUUCCAUCACCCCGCCCCAUUCUCCCGCUCUCCAUCCCCCUGCCCCAUUGUCCCGCUUUCUAUCAACCCACCCCAUUCUCCCACAUUCCAUUACCCCUCCCCAUUCUCCAGUUUUCCAUCACCCCGCCUCAUUCUCCCUCCUUCCAUCACCCCGCCCCAUUCUCCCUCCUUCCAUCACCCCGCCCCGUUCUCCCGCUUUCCAUCACCCUUCACCAUUCUCCCGCUUUCCAUCACCCCGCCCCAUUCUCGUGCAUUCCAUCACCCCGCCCCAUUCUUCCACUUUCCAUCACCCCGCCCCUAUCUCCCGCUUCCCAUCACCCCGCCCCAUUCUCCCGCCUUCCAUCACCCCGACCCAUUCUCCCUCCUUCCAUCACCCUGCCCCAUUCUCCCGCUUUCCAUCACCCCGCUCUAUUUUCCCGCUUUCCAUCACCCCGCCCCAUUCUCCCGCUUUCCAUCACCCCGCACCAUUCUCCCGCUUUCCAUCACCCCGCCCCAUUCUCCUGCAUUCCAUCACCCCGCCCCAUUCUUCCACUUUCCAUCACCCCGCUCCAAUCUUCCGCUUUCCACCACCCCGCCCCAUUUUCCCGCCUUCCAUCACCCCGACCCAUUCUCCCUCCUUCCAUCACCCUGCCUCAUUCUCCCGCUUUCCAUCACCCUGCUCUAUUUUCCCACUUUCCAUCACACCGCCCCAUUCUCCCGCUUUCCAUCACCCCACCCCAUUCUCCCGCUUUCCAUCACCCCGCCCCAUUCUCCCGUUUUCAACUACUCAGCCCCGUUCUCCCGCUUUCCAUCACCCCGCCCCAUUCUCCCGCUUUCCAUGAUCCCGCCCAAUUCUCCCUACUUCCAUCACCCUGCCCCAUUCUCCAACUUUCCAUCACCCCGCCCCAUUUUCCCUCCUUCCAUCACCCCACCCCAUUCUCCCUCCUUUCAUCACCCCGCCCCAUUCUCCCGCUUUCCAUCACCCAGCACCAUUCUCCCGCUUUCGAUCACCCCACCCCAUUCUCGUGCAUUCCAUCACCCCGCCCCAUUCUUCCACUUUCCAUCACCCCCCCCCAAUCUCUUGAUUUCCAUCACCUCGCCCCAUUCUCCCGCUUUCCAUCACCCUGCCCCAUUCUCCCGCCUUCCAUCACCUUGCCCCAUUUCCCCUCCUUCCAUCACCCCGCCCCAUUCUUCUGCAUUCCAUCACCCCGCUCAAUUCUCCCACUUUCCAUAACCCGGCCCAAUUCUCCUGUUUUCCAUUACUCAGCCCCAUUCUCCCGCUUUCCAUCACCCCGCCCCAUUCUCCCGCUUUCCAUCAUCGCGCCCCAUUCUCCCUCCUUCCAUCACCCUGCCGCAUUCUCCAUCUUUCCAUCACCCCGUCCAAUUUUCUCUCCUUCCAUCACCCCGCCCCAUUCUCCCUCCUUUCAUCACCCCGCCCCAUUCUCCCGCUUUCCAUCACCCCGCCCCAUUCUCCCGCUAUCCAUCACUUCGCCCUAUUCUGCCGCUUUCCAUCACCCCGCACCAUUCUCCCACUUUCCAUCACCGCGCCCCAUUCUCCCGUAUCCAAUUACCCCGCCCCAUUCUUCCGCUUUCCAUCACCCCGCCCCAAUCUCCUCCCCAUUCUAG